GUCCCGGUUGGGUUGGGAAAUUUGCUUCAAAUUGACUUGCCGCUGGAAAAUUGGAGUCAGUUAAUAUUUACACCUGGUGCGGUUCGCAGUUCGCGGUCCCUCUCGAAAUCGGUCCGGAUUGGCGCGAUUAUUAUACAGUGAGAAAGGAUUGUGGCGAUUUGACAUCUGUCCACCCGUCGGCCGUUGGUGUCGCCUAUUCUGGUCCUGUUCUGUCGUCGGUUGUUGUGUAGCCCGCACAUACAUUUGAAGUGAUUUCAAUUAAGUAUGCUGAUGAGUGAGGGAUAAUGUUGGCGGUCAAUGCUGUUGACAAUUAUCCGUCCGAGUGCUAACUUCGUCUACUCUGGAGUGUGGAUUUUAACCGGGCCUUUGCCUCGCUACUGGAUGAUGGGUCAAUAGUAGUGGCCGGUAUUAUGGUGUUCCGCAGGGCUGCGAAAACAUGUACAGGAAAAGCGAUUUUAGUUGAAAUGCCUUAAAAACUGAGACUUCUUAGAGACUAGUUCCAAAAACGUGACCUAGUAAUCAACAAUAAGUGACUCGCUACCAGCCCUGCCGAUUAUGGCCAUCAUGGUAAAGGCCGCCAGGUGGUGUACCAGAAACGUUGACGACGGCUAUGAUUUGGACGAUGACAAAGCUCGGCGGUAAGCUCGGGAAUAAAGCUGUAAUUAAAAGAAAUAAUUAAACGGCGUGUGCGACGCGCAACAUUUUGGGCUGCGAAAUCAACGGAAGUGUGGUGUUGUGCAGUAGGAGCUGAUUUAAUUGCUGCGUCUUGAGCUAAGAAAUCACCGGCAUUACACCUGUCGUGCACAGGAGGGAGGAAACAGGCGAGCUGAUAUGGCCCCCGCGGUGCGUAUUGUAGCAAUCUUGCUGCUCGAGUUUGUGGCCACGUGUGUGCAGAAGGAUAUAUCCGGAAUCGGCCCCAAGUUCAGUGCGCCCGUUUCUAAUGUGACGGUUCCGGUCGGCCGGGAAGGCGUGAUGACGUGCACGGUACAGGAUUUACACAAAUACAAGGUCGCGUGGCUCCGAGUGGACACCCAAACGAUUCUGACAAUCGACACGCUGAUCAUCACCAAGAGCGAACGGGUUGCCGUAACUCACACCGAACAGCGCAUCUGGCAGUUGCGCAUCAAGGACAUCAAAGAGUCCGACAAGGGUUGGUACAUGUGCCAGAUCAACACCGACCCGAUGAAGAGCCAAAUGGGAUAUCUAAACGUUGUAGUUCCGCCGGACAUUCUGGAUCACCAAACCAGCCAGGACAUGACCGUCAAGGAAGGAUCCAAUGUCACUCUCACCUGUGCUGCCACCGGAGUCCCGGAGCCAACUAUUGUGUGGAAGCGUGUCGGCAUCGAAGGAACGCUUAGCAUUGUAGAACACUCAGGAGCUACUACCCACGAUGGGUCCGUUUUGAAUAUCUUCAGCAUUCAGCGCCACAACGCCGGAGAGUAUCAUUGCGUAGCGUCCAAUGGCGUCAGGCCAAGCAUGAGCAAGCGAAUCAUGGUGACGGUCGAUUUUGCUCCGAUUGUUAAGGUACCGAGCAGGCAGUUCACUGCCGAUUUGGGCCAAAGCGUUUCCCUGGAAUGCUAUGUGGAAGCUCAUCCGGAUCCGAUCACCUACUGGAUGAGGGGCAAAGGAGAUAUCAUUCACUAUCCAGGGAUGAUUGAGGAGAAACAGUUCUCCGAUAACAGCUUCAGCGUAAGGAUGCUGAUCGCAAUUCACCUGAAGAAGCACAGUGACUUCGGAUACUAUAAAUGUGUGGCCAAAAACUCACAAGGGAUCGUUGAAGAAAUCGUCAAAAUCCAGAAAAGAAUAAGUAAAAUCACAAUCCAGGAUGAACCUCCCACGAUGAUUCUGGAUGAAAAGUACUCAAACAGUGUCACCGGAACAACCGUCAGCCGGCAGAAUAAGUUCCGGGAGUUGGUUCUGCGAGUGGAGAAGUCUUCGGCUUGCUUGAUACAACUGGAAUUCGCACUAUUUCUAGUGAUGUUUCUCAAACUGGUCAUCUCAUGAUUGUGGUAAUUCGGAUCCGGCUUGCAUGGCUACUGUAUUAUAUACCUAAA